GCCUGUCCACUGCCAGGUCGUUGUUGUUGCCAUGAGGACAGUAGAGCAACAGGAGGACUGAGCUGAGGAAUCAUCACAAACUCAUAAUCAGGGAAAGAGGGUUGUUGUGAUCUGUUUUUGUUAAUUUGGAUUUAUUUUUGAGGGAUAGGAGGUGGACCUUAGAGAGCAAAAGUUGUUGGCUGCUUUUUGACUUUUCUUUCUUCAUUUUUUUAACCUGUAUCAGCAGUUUGAAAGGAGAAAAUCUUCAGGUCAAAAGUCAUUUAAAAAAUUGUCAAGAUGGCAACAGCAGUGACAAGCCCUCCAGACUGAAAAGACGGUGAGUUACACUUUUACUUUUUUUUCCCUUAAAGAUGACCAAAAUACUCACUCUUUCACAGCUGCAUCCUUUGUGUUUUAUAUCUCCAGGCUCUCAGGCUACAGUUAAUAACUGGGAUUUCACCUCUGUGCUCUAUUUUCAUUCUUGAGCAUGUGUGCUCCCACUGGAGUUCAGGAGGAGUCAGACUUCAUCAGUCACCGCUCGUGGGAGCUGCUGCCAUCACCAGCAGUUAGAUUAUACUGUACAGUAUUUCCCCAGCUUCAUACUUUAACUGUCAGGAUGAAAUUACCUCCAGUGAAAUAUGAUGUUGGAUACACUGAGAAAGAGCUCCACUGAAUAUUGCAUACUUCUCAGUUCACAAAAUUAGAUUUUAAGUGUAAAAUCAAAAGGGGACUUCAAGACGUAGAAGCAUGUGGUAUGUUCAUGGUUUUAAGUGACUUUUGCGUAAAGAAAACGACAAAAGUGUGAGUAAAAACAAGCAGGGAAAACAUACAAAUUCGGUUAAAUUGUAAAACAAACCUUUUACACUCAAAACUAUGGUCCUUCCUGCAAAAAUGUCAGAAAACAUGGAGAAAUCUGUCCUCCCUGUAGUCUCUCUGUCUCUGUCUUUUUUCCUCACAUGCUCUAUACUUCUGCAUGAGGAGAGCUGCCAAAACACUGUGGCUUCACACCUUGAGCUGUUUUUCUUUUCAUCAGCACUCCCUGGGCAUCUUAAACAGCACAUCUUAGUCAGUCACACAUUUUUAUCAGCUGUUGUCAGUCAUAUUGAAAGGUUUACAGUUUCUUUGCUUCUUAAUAAUCUCAUCUGUCAUCUUGAAGCACGACUUCCAUCUCUAUAUCCAAAACUGUUUACAUGUACAUUCAAAUUUUAAUUAUUUUUGAGCUAUUAUGGGAUCAUAUAUUGGAAUUUCUCUGCACAUGGUCAAUUUUGCCAUUUUCAGUCUCUAAGCACUGUUGAUUGGAGACAGAAGGUAGUUAAAUAUACUUCUGCUUUUGCCGCCCCCAAGUGGUUGAUUAUGUAACUGUUGAAACAGAUGAUUUACAUCCAUGGCAUGCAAAUAUAGUCCCAUAUCCAAAUUCAGAGUUUGACUAGUGCACAAUGUUUGUACAGCUGUAGCUUUGAUUGCAUUUUUGCAGAUUUCUUAACCGUGGUUGCUCUGAAUUUACACUUAUCAACCAAACACCUACCCAAAAUUAAACAUAUCUGUAUUUUUAGAUUGUUAUCUCUGGGCUUUUUCCUUUUUUAUUUAGAGAGAACGGUGGACAGAGAGGGAGACGAGGAGAGAGAGUGGGCAGUGACAUGGAAAAGGUGGAAAAGGAGCCACAGGCUGCAUCCAGUUUUAAAGGUAAACAUGUUUGUUUUUUGACUGUAUACUGUCACUUUAUUUUUGCACACUAUUACCCGAUUAAAUGCUCAUAAAGGUUGAGCAAUUCAGAACACAAAGCAUUAAAUGUCUCCUGGGUCUGCCUCUAUAACUGAGGCAUCAAAACAAACAAAAUAUAUAAUACUCAGUGUAAUACGUACCAAAGAAUAUGUGUUCUCUGACAUUAUAUUUUGCCCUGGGAGGAAUAAUGUUUACAAUAAUUGAGGAUCUGCGGUUAAUAAAGCGGUUAACUCCUCCAUGUAAUUUAAUGCUGCACAAGCUGACACUUUACUGUCUAUUUCUGCUUUGAAACAAUCUUCAUAAAACAGAAGUUCAUAACCUGUUUUUGUUUAUAACGUCUACUUGUCCUUGGUUAAGUUGUGAAGUCUAUAUCGACUUAUCCGCAGCCUUGAGAGCGUCCUCAACUGCAGGUGAAACAGCUUUGAACAGAAAGAGAGUUUGUGAACAAUGGAAAUGGAAGUCAGUCAAGUCCAUUUAUGUUGAAGGUUUGAUGAUUUUAACAUUUAGCACUCAAAGCUCAGGGACGGUUUUUUAAAGUUAUGAAAAGCUCUGCUGAUUGCACCUAAAUUACUGUUUGUUAAUAGGAGCUGAAGGUUAAAUCAACAAUGGUAUGAAGGCGUCUGUACAGAUCUGCUGUGUUGUCUUCACAAUCUAACCUCUGAACUCUUAAAAUCAGCCACAACAAAGACUAUUAACCUGCGUUUGUUUAAAAUCCUUGGUUUAAGUGUGUGUUUUUGUUAGACUUCUAGAGCCAAGAUAUAAAGACACAAAGAAAUAGAGAAGGAUGAUAUAACCAUCCGACCAAAAUCAGCUGCAGCCAUUGAAAGGUGUAAAAAUAAAAACUUAUUUUAAUGUACUGAUUUGGCUUUCAUUAUGCUUGAUAUUACAGAACUUUAAAAUAAAUCAUGAACCCUUUGAGAGAGAGAUGAAUACACCCUUUCAUCUGACAGCACAUGACUGUAUCCUCUGUUGCUUUUUGACCUUUCAUCAGCCGCUGAUUGUUUCUUUAAGUCUACUUCUUAUUCUCUCCUUCCACCCUUUUUUUCCCCUGAUAUGACACUUUUAAAUAUCACUCUGUUGACAGCUGUCUCUCUUUCAUGCAGGCAGGUCUCCAGAUGUUUGAGAGGACCACCAUCCAUGGCUGGCUGUGCUGGGGAGCUCUCUACCUGCUGGCAGCAGAGGUGACAUUAACAACUGAAUCGCAUCGACUGUGCCCACAGCCUUGCCGCUGCAACACCAUGCUGCUGGAGGCAAACUGCUCUGAUUGCCAGCUAACCACAGUGCCCGACAGUCUCCCACAAAACACUAGACUACUUAACCUAACACAUAAUAAGAUCAAGACUCUGGUGCAGCUGCAGUUCAAAGCACUAACUCAACUUCUACACCUUGAUUUGAGUAAUACUGAACUGGCUUUCAUUGAAGUUGGAGCGUUUCUCAACUUGCAGAAUCUGAUAAAUCUGCGUCUUUCUCACAACUGCUUAAAGAUCAUUCCUGUGGGAGCGUUCGCUGGUUUGCCAAAGCUGAAGUAUCUGGAUAUAAGCAACAAUGAAAUCCUCGUUUUCUUAGAUUUCACUUUCCGCGACUUGUCAGCUUUGCAGUUUUUAUCAGCUGCAGAUAAUGACAUAGUUUUUAUUUCUCAUCAGGCUCUCACUGGACUCAAAAGCCUGCAAGAGCUGCACCUCGAUGGCUGCAACCUCACUGCAGUGCCAACCGAGGCGCUCACACAGCUUGUCAAUUUGAGAAGUUUUUAUUUUUACCGCCUUGGCCUCGCUACGCUGCCGAACUAUUCCUUCCAUAAUCUAGAGCAUCUAAAAGAGCUUGUCAUUUCUCGUUGUCCCUGGUUGGAGACAAUUUCAGGUAAUAGUCUCUUCGGCCUGAAUCUAACAUCCCUCACAAUCACACACUCUAACCUCAGCAGUGUCCCCUACAUCCCUUUGCAUCAUCUUGUUUAUCUUGUUUUCCUUGACUUGUCCUUUAACCCAAUCACCUCCAUUCAAAGGAACAAGCUUGGAGACUUGCUGCGUCUACAGGAGCUGCGUUUGGUGGGGGGAUCGUUGCUUUGUAUUGAAAAUGGAGCAUUCAAAGGUUUGUCAUAUUUUAGAUUGCUGAAUGUAUCCAGAAAUUUUCUGACCACACUUGAAAUGGGUGUUUUCCAGUCAGCAGACACCCUAAGAACUCUGGGACUAGACAACAACCCUUUAGCAUGUGACUGCCGCUUGCUGUGGUUGGUGCGAAGACGAUCAGAUCUAGAUUUUGGUGGGAACUCGCUGACCUGUGCUUCCUCAGACCACCUUCAGGGGUUGAAUUUACUAGACCUCGAGGGAGAUGAACUCUCAGGGCUACUUACAUGCCGUCAGCCUCGUAUUCUGACCAGAAAAAGUCAAGAGAUGCGGGUAGAUCAGGGACACACGGUGGUGUUUUAUUGUGAUGCAGAAGGUGACCCAGCGCCAUCUGUCACCUGGUUAAACCCUCAGUUAAAACCUGUUUCACCCACAGGUAGAAUAUGGGUUCUCUCUAAUGGCUCGCUGCAGAUUCGCUAUGCUCAACCUCAAGACAGUGGUAGAUAUCUCUGCGUGGCGUCUAAUGCAGCAGGAAAUACCAGCCUACCUGUCAGCCUGCAUGUCCGGGCCUUUCCAAAGUCUUCUAGAAACCCCUCUCACCUCACAGGUUGGUUUUUCCCUCCAGGUGUGCACGGAAAUCACAAUCUUCCGUUUGAUUUCAAGACACUACUGGUGGCUGCAACCAUUGGAUUUAUCUCGUUUUUCAGCUCUGUGAGCCUGUGUUUCAUUUUUAUGCUCUUCUGGAGUAAGAGUAAAGGGCAGAUCAAGCACACGGCCACAAUAGCAUAUGUGCCACGAAGCACCAUGUCAGGUGGGAAAGGAGGAACAGGUGAGCAGACGAGCAGGUUCACCAUGAAACUGAUAUGAUAACAAAACAAGCGGUAAAACUAGAACUUGUCACUCAGUUAGAUUAAGAAUUAUAAUCCAAAGAAAAUUGAGGCAUUGAAUCAUUGCAUGUUGGCUGUCCCUUUACUAAUUCACAUAAUUAAGCAUGUUUGUUAGAGCCUGGAAAACACUGAUGCUUUUUAAGACCUUCUGAAAAUUGUGAAAAUAUUAAUGAAAUAUGUUUGUGUUUCUGAUAAGAAUAAACUAUUGUCAAUAGGAAGAGGUGAAAUCGUAAACAAUAAACUUGAUGUGCUUCAGCUCUUUUACACAGAUUGGUUUGUUUAAUGUGUCUCAUCAGGUUGUCCCAGAAGUAAUAAGCAUUAUCCAACACUGAAGUUAAUUGUCCAGCUGUAAUAAGGUUGAAUUACAAAUCUUAUGCAACUAUAUGACAUCUAAUUUCAAACAUCAUUUGAAAAUACUUCCCAAUAAUAUGAAAAUGCAUCCCGAUACUUUUCUAAUCUUGUCCUAUUCAUGCCAGGUUAUAAUAUGCUACCAAACCAGGUCAUCCUGCUUUUUUCUAAAAGGCACAUGUAACCCUCUUUGUAAAUAUGUGCUUUUAAACAUGUCCUGUAUUUCCUGUAUCUGCUUUUCUUCACUGUGCUGAUCUGACCCUCCUGCAGUGAUUUUAGUCAUUUAAAAAAAUUAUAUUAAAAAUUAUAUUUUACUUAUUUUAUCUAUUAUUUAUCUCCUCUUUUACUGUAUUUGCGCUGGAGUAUUGUGACAAAAGCAAUGGAGAUCAUUAAAGUAUUUCUGAUUCUGAAA